AAUACCGAUACAUCGAUAGUAUCGUAUCGUUUGAAUGAAAAUAAAAAUACAAUUUCUCUGUUUUGUAUGAUUUGUAUGAAUGAUAAUGUGAUUAACGCGCGAUUCACUGCUCAUUCAGACAGUGAUUUGCACGCUAACACACGUCCACUGCAUGUCAUGUCUUCACUCAAUGCCUGUCCAUCGCCUCUACGACCAGUUCCGCAGUUCUUCAACGACUGCAACAACGCUUUCACCACAAAAAAAGCCCGGUACAACUCGACGCCCACUGCCAAGAAGGUGCCCCCCAGACCCCCCUCCAAGACUGUGCCCCCCAUCAGCCGCUUCUUCAGACGCCCCAACCAUUCGGCCGCACAGGCCAUCAGUUUCAAGGAUAACAGCGACUCGUCUCUCAGCAAACACUAUGACUCGACUCGUGAGGAGUCGUAUUUCGAGCAGUGCUUUAUUGUCGAGAAGAAGAUAGGAAGCGGUUCUUUCGGUGAUGUCUUCAAAGUGAAGAGUCGAGAGGACGGCAAGUAUUACGCCAUAAAGAAGUCGCGCGAGAGGUUCAAAGGGAAGUCGGACCGCGAGAGGAAGUUGGAAGAGGUGUGUAAACACGAACAGCUGCCCAAACACCCGAACUGUGUGCGACUGUUCCGGGCCUGGGAGGAGAAGCAGCACCUGUACAUACAGACCGAGUUGUGUGAGACCAGUCUCAGCGACUUCGCAGAUGUCAAUCACGACAUUCCCGAACCCAUUGUCUGCAAUUAUUUGGUUGAUUUGCUCAAAGCUGUUCAGCACCUCCACGAUCACCACUUAAUACAUCUCGACAUUAAACCCGAUAAUAUAUUCCUCUCGAGGCAUGGUCUCUGCAAAUUGGGAGACUUUGGACUCGUUCUCGACGUUAAUAAAAAUGACACGAACGAAGCCACAGAAGGAGACCCCAAAUAUUUAGCCAAAGAGCUAAUGUCGGGUCAGUUCACAAAAGCUGCCGAUAUAUUCAGUUUAGGCAUAACUAUACUGGAAAUAGCGUGUGAUUUAGAUCUGCCGUCCGGUGGAGAGGGUUGGCAUCAACUCCGAGACGGCCACAUUCCCGACAACCUUCUCAACGGCAUGAGUUCCGAAUUGAGUGAAAUAAUAAAAGCUAUGAUGAGUCCUGACUAUAGACUCAGGCCAUCGGUGAACCAAUUGUUAAGUCAUCCAUUCAUUCGGCGAAUUGAAUGCUCGCGUCGAUGGAAGUUGAAGAGCAAAAGAAGCCUGAAGUUAGCGAAAGCAUUACUUAAUUGGUUUUUGCAGUUUUUUAUCAACACUUUUCUCUUCAUAUGUUAUCCAUUCAAAUAUUUAUACCAAACUAUCGCUAAAAGGCCCGAAACUGAAACGCCCUUAAAGUCUCCAAACAAUUCAAAUUAUUUAUAUGACAACGAUUUCGACAACUAUUCGGACGACGACUUAUUCGACGCCUCCUCCGUCUCUCUUCUGAACAAUUCCGACAAAUCCUCCCAAAGUGAAGACAAACAGUCGACCGCCUCUUCAGUCGACAACUCUUUUGAUAUCCAAAAGUAUUUCUCAUUAUUAUUGUCUUAA